AUGGAAGAACUUCAGCCUCAGAUUUGGAAUGAAGAAUUAGUGAAGAGUGGCUCAGCUCUAAAAGUUGAGGCCACCAAUAUUAGAAGUGUAUGCACGCAGCCUCCGCCUCAAUGGACCCCUCCGCCAGCAAACACCCUCAAGAUAAACUUUGAUGGAGCGUUUCACAAUGCCUCAGGCAACGGAGUGGGAGCUGCAGUAACUCGAAACCAGGAAGGGCGACCGAUUGCCACCGUGGCUCGAAGGUUCACUCAUGUGAACUCCCCAACCUUGGUGGAAGCCUUGGCCUUAAGAGAAGCAGUCCUGCUAGCUAAAAGUAGGCAGCUCACAACAGUCAUUUUUGAGGGGGACGCAAAGGGCAUUAUCGAUGCUAUGAUAGAGGGGUCAAAUCUGAAUCCGGCGUGUGAUGUGGUGUUGCAUGAUUGCCGUAUUUUAUGUUCUUCCUUCUCUGCUGUUUCUUUUAGUUUUAUCCGGCGUACCGGAAAUUGGGUGGCACACUCUUUAGCCAAAAAAUCCCUUAAAGAUAUCCCGUUUUGUACUAAUACUCUAGCCCAUUUGGUUUGGCUAGAGGAGAGACUCAUGUAG